AUGUAUGAGUCCGAGCCUCAAUCCAACAGCACGAAGACUAGGUCGCUAGAGGAGAUUGAACACGUCGACCAAAGUUUAGAAGUUGGCGAUAAUCCUCCCUCUGUUUAUCUUGCCAUCAGGGUGUAUCCAAAAAUUGUUGGCUACACAUUGGGUCUGUGUAUAGCUGUCCUGCUUUUCGGUUAUGACAAUGUCAUUGUCAGCUCUGUAUCAGCUAUGCCAGGAUUUCAAAUCGCAUUUGGGGAUUAUCACAAUGACGAACUGAUCAUACCUUCUUCUUGGCUAGGGGUAUGGACGGCGGCAUCUCCUAUUGGCCUUGUAUUUGGCGCUGCUGCCGGAGGUUGGUUCCAGAAUCGUUAUGGACGAAGAAUGUCACUACUAUUCGGCAACCUGGUUGUGGCUCUCGGUAUCGCUAUAUGCUUUGUCUCGAACCGCAUAGACGACAAGGGCGGCCGUCGUGGUGUAUACUUGGUCGGUAAAUUGAUGGAAGGUUUUGGGGUGGGUACACUCGUUUGUGCGACGCAAACUUGGAUAUCGGAAGUGGCUCCAGUCACGAUUAGAGCCUUCUUGCUAUGCCUAAUCCCGACCUUCACCUUGUUUGGACAGCUCAUUGGCUCUGGCGUUGUUUUUGCUCUUCUCGCCGCUCCUGCUGACCUGAGCUAUACUAUCGCCUUCGCCUCCCAAUGGCCCUUCUCGAUUGUACUUUUUCCUGUGGCACUAUUAUUACCUGAGAGUCCGGUACAUCUCAUUCGAAAGGGCCAGGAAGAUGCAGCCCGCAAAGCGUAUGAACGUCUGUAUUCUGCUAGGGAUGCAGCCGACGCUAUCGAAACCUUCAAAUAUACCAUACAGCAUGAAAGGGCCUCGAACGGAGGUAGAUCAGGCGAGUUGCGAGAUUGCUUCACCGGACACAACCGACGUCGGACAUGGCUCGUCUUGUUCUCGUACAACGUACCACAAUUCUUCGGGAUUACACUUCUUGCCAACGCGAGCUAUUUCAUGCAAACUGUCGGCAUGGAAGCUAGUCAGUCGCUCAUGUUUCUAGUUAUUGGGAUCGGCAUUGGAAUUGUGGCCAAUCUUCUCAGCAUCUGGACAUUGGCUCGGUUUCGUAGGCGAACUCUUCUUGUAACCACUUUGUUCGUUACCGUGUUGUUGUGGGUUUCCGUAGGCAUUGCUGGAUGCUUCGUUGACAGCUCUGCAGCGGUUUGGUACAUUGCUGCGUGUAUGAUGGUUAUCAUCUUUGUCUGUGGGUGCGGGGCAUGGCCAGCUUCAGUAGUCGUUGCCUCAGAAACAUCUUCCCUUCAACUCCGUGGCUUUUCACAAAGCCUUGGCUGGCUGUCACAGGGAGUGGUGUCUGGUGUCUUUAGCAUUGUCUUGCCUUAUAUCUAUAAUACCGAUGAAGGGGAUCUUCGUGGAAGGACCGGGUUUAUAUUAGCUGUGUUGGCCGCUGCUGCCUGUGUUAUUUCUUGGCUCUGUGUACCUGAGAUGAAAGGGUUGACAACAGAGGACAUUGAUCUGAAAUUUGAGCAGUUAAUGCCAGCCCGUCAGUUCUAG